AUGCCAAUCCAGUACUACCACACCAGCAUCCUCACAGCUAUCGGCAACAUGAUUGGGAAAUUAAUCAAAAUUGAUUACCACACGCAAUCUGCUCAACGAGGUAAAUUCGCCAGAAUAGCAAUUGAAAUAGAUGUCUCUAUGCCUCUUAUCCCAGAAUUUUAUCUUGAUGAUUGCAAACAAACGGUGGAGUAUGAAAAUCUGCCCAAUGUUUGUUUUACCGGUGGGAGAAUUGGUCAUCGAAAAGAGGACUGUCUUGAUGAUGCACUUGUAAUCCCAACAACACCCAACCACUCUGCAACACAACUCCCCCAGAACAACAAAGUCACCUUCCGCUCACACCAAGCAAUCCAUCUCCAUUACCCCAACAACAACUCAACACUCGAGAUUCCACAGCUCAUCAAUCUGAAGCUACCACGAGAGAAUCGGGAUUUGGCCCGUGGAUGA